AACACCCAAAAGAGUAUCAUCUCUCUCGUUUGAAGAAGAAGAAGAAGAGAGAAAGAGAACGAAGAAGCAAUUCAAGAAUCAAAGUCUCUCCUUCUUUCUUUCUUCUCACUCUUUCCGAAUGUAUCACCACGCUUUUGCCCUAAAAUUUCACUCUUUUUCUCCUCACUAUGCGUUAUCCCUCUCCAAUUUCUCCACCCAAAGCCCUAAUCCUCUCCUCCUUAAUUUCCCGCCAUUCGCUCGAGUCCCGAAUCUGAGCAGCUCCGUUUGCCUCCGCUGUCGGAGUAGUGCCGCUGAUUUAUCCCCUGUUAGAUACGCCGAUGGCUCAUCCUCCUCCUCCAUUGGGGAAAAUGGAGGUAUCGUGGUGGCUGAGAAACCUAUCGAUGUCGCAACUCUUGGUAAUCUCUGCGUUGACAUUGUUCUCAGUGUUCACGAAUUGCCCCCUCCUACUCGCGGAGAACGUAAGGCUCUCAUGGACGAACUCUCUCUUUCUCCCCCAGAUAAGAAAUACUGGGAAGCAGGUGGUAACUGUAACAUGGCUAUAGCUGCUGCUAGAUUGGGGCUUCAGUGUGUUGCGAUUGGUCACGUUGGGGAUGAGAUUUAUGGUGAGUUUCUUCUUGAUGUGCUUCAUGAAGAAGGAAUAGGUACGGUUGCAUUAGAUGGAGGAACGAAUGCCAAGGAUAGCAGCUCAUAUCGUGAUACUCUUAUUUGCUGGGUUCUUGUGGAUCCUUUGCAGCGACAUGGGUUUUGCAGUCGAGCCGAUUUCAAGGAGGAACCUGCUUUCAGUUGGAUCACUGACCUAUCUGAUGAAGUAAAGAUGGCGAUCAGACAGUCAAAGGUUCUUUUCUGCAAUGGUUAUGACUUUGACGACUUCAGCCCUAGUUUUAUAAUGUCAACGAUAGAUUAUGCUUCCCAAGUUGGGACAGCUAUCUUCUUUGAUCCUGGACCACGGGGAAAGAGUCUUUCCAAGGGAACUCCUGAUGAGCGUAAAGCACUUGCUCACUUCUUAAGAAUGAGCGAUGUUCUUCUUUUAACAUCCGAGGAGGCGGAGGGUCUAACUGGCAUCAGGAACCCUGUAAAAGCAGGACAAGAAAUUCUGAGGAAUGGAAAAGGAACGAAAUGGGUGAUUGUAAAGAUGGGCGCGAAGGGUUCAAUUCUAGUGACGAAGUCUAGUGUCUCAGUGGCUCCUGCGUUUAAGGUGGAAGUGAUUGACACUGUUGGAUGUGGAGACAGUUUUGUGGCUGCAAUUGCCUUAGGUUAUAUACGCAACAUGCCGCUUGUGAAUACCUUAACGAUUGCAAAUGCGGUUGGAGCAGCAACUGCAAUGGGGUGUGGAGCAGGUAGAAAUGUUGCAAAAAGGCAGCAAGUGAUGGAUCUCAUGAAGGCCUCGAAACUGAAUGAUGAAGAGAAGUUUUUCGAACAACUCCUUGCUGAAAAUCCGGAAUCUCCUAGAAUCAAUCUUCUUUCGAAAAAGAUAAUAAAAGAUGGGAGCAGCAAGCAGGAGAUAGAAACAAUCUCGAUGGAAAAAGUGGUUUCUGAAUUGCUACCAGAGCUUGAACUUGAGAGGUGUUGUGUAAAGGCUUCAUCUUGAGUGAUGCCUUUGAAACGAAAAAAAAAACCGUGUGACACAUAUUGGCAGCAGAUAUUUGAUCGCUGUCACAGGAUUUGAACAGAGAAUUGUAGUCGAGAAGAAAAGAAAAGAAAAAAAAUGGGCUUAUGAUGGGAGAUUUUGGUCUAAGCUGACUCUUAUUAUGGAGUGCAGUGGAGGAAGAGAUCUCAGGUAAAUGAAAUGAUUGGUUGGGAAUUAUUUUUUUUUGGGUUUGGGAGAUAUAUGAAAGAGAAGCUGAUCUUACAGCAGUAGGGAUAAUAGAGAAUUUAUAAAAGAGAAGUUUGGUACUUUUUUGUUUUGUUUGUUUGUUUGUCUUCGUAUUGUUUAAAAUUCGUUAAAUGCGAUUUGAUGGAGUUUGUAUUCGAGUUUGACAGUCGCAUGUGUUAAGGAAAAUAGGUAAACAGACC